AUGGCCUCAACACAGACCAGUUCAAGUUCCGUGGUGAAUAACGAAGAUCGGUUUCUCUACUUAAAGGAGGUUGCGAUCGAUUUCACUCGUUCACGCCCGAAUGGCAGACUUCAAAUCAAGCUCAAGGAUGAAAAGGGAACACGAUACGAAUCGAAGGUGUUCGGGGAGACGGAACCCCUACAGUGGGACUGUGAAUUCUAUGAUGACGAUCCAAAGCUCUGGUCGUACCCUGAGAAGGGACUUGACCGUCAGAUUGCAAUUAGACUUCAGCUCGUCUGA